CAUCCUAAAAGUUAUCUAUGUCUAUGGUGAGUUACUGAACUGAACUGAACUAGUGACUGAACGCAUUCAGGAAGUACCAGAGUAGGAAGUGUUGUCUAGAUUUUUUCGCAGUUGCGUCUGACUGUGUGUAAGAAAUGUCUUGUGCGUGAACUGCCUGUUGACACUCGCUAUAAUGUUCCCGGAAUGUGCCGAUUUAAUAAAGACAAGAAAAUGGCCGCCAAAUUCGCCGUGUUCGUGCUGCUCGCCGUAGCGCUGCUGAGCGGCGUGCGCGCCAACCCCGCUAUCGGUAAACAACCACGGAACCUAAGGCAUUCCAUGGGCUACGACCCACUGGAAUUGUGCAUCGAGAACUGUGCGCAAUGCAAGAAGAUGCUGGGCGCGUGGUUCGAAGGACCACUGUGUGCAGAAUCCUGCAUCAAGUACAAAGGCAAGCUGAUUCCUGAAUGCGAAGACUUCGCCUCCAUCUCACCUUUCCUCAACAAACUAUAAUCGAAAAACUGUACUCACUUUAUGAAUCUUGAUUGUAUUCUUUGGAUCUUGACUGUAUUCUUUGAAUCUUGACUGCAGUAUUCUUUUGUACUCACUAGAUUUGGAAAUCUUGCUUCUAUUCACUGGAUCUUAAAGUAUUAAUAUUUUGACUGUAUUUUUUUAUCUUGUAUUACAAUACAAGUAUAAUUCUU